AGAUUUUGAAACUGUUUUACUCUGGAACCUGGAAAUAAGCAGGCAGUAACUGAACUUUCCAAAAUUAAAAAGGAAUUAAUUGAGAAAGGACACUGGGAUGAUGUCUUUCUUGAUUCUACACAAAGGCAAAACAUGGUAAAACCUCUUGAUAACCCACUUCAUCUUGUAUCAACUAAACCUCUCAAGAAGGUUCUUAUUGAAGAAAUUGGUAAUUUGAUACAGACUGUUGAUCUGCCAGAGAGCACUGCUGCUCCAGAGAGUAAUCCUGUUGAUAAGACAGGUACGAUAGCAGCUACAGGCACCACAAGCAAGCAGAAUGCAAGCCAGGGUGACCAUCUGCCCACAAAUGAUAUGCCAAAAGCAAAACUAUUGAAAAUAGAAGAAAUCGGUGAUACUUCACCACUGCCACCUCACGACAACUUGAAGCAGGAUGUAUUUCAGUCUUUCAGUGAGAAGAUUUCCAUAGGCUUGAACCAAGUACCUGCUCAGUUUAUUACAACUGUUCUUCCUCCAGUUCCUGCAAACUCAUUCCAGCUUGAAUCUGAUUUCAGACAACUAAAAAAUUCUCCAGAUGUGUUGUACCAGUAUUUGAAGCAAAUUGAACCACCCUUGUAUUCUAAGUUGUUUCAGAAAAAUCUAGAUCCAGGUGUAUUCAACCAAAUCACUAAAAUUCUGCACGACUUUUACAUUGAAAGAGAAGAGCCAUCACUCAUGUCUGAAAUCUUACAAAGACUUUCUGAACUAAAAAGGUUUGAUAUGGCAGUGAUGUUUAUGUCUGACCCUGAGAAAAAAAUUGUGCAUGUAUUAUUCAAUCACUUAGACAAAUCAGGAUUGAAGGGUGAUUCUGCUGAAGAACUCAGAAAACGAUAUGAUGGUUGAUUUCCAUGUCCAGUAAUUCCAUUCCAGUAAUUUUACUGAAAUCAUGGUCUUUGA